AUGUCCGAACGAGUCUCAUCUUUUCUUUUGAAGGGGACCCGGCCGAUUUAAGCGUAUCGUUUUGCUGGGAAAGGGAUAUCCGCCUCUGCCAUGACACAUAUAGCCAAUUGUUUGCGACAUGGCGUUGGUAGAACUUCCCCUGAUAAUUAUAUAGUGGAUGUUGAAGCCCUCUCCUCGAACAAUUCUACUGCAAGAUCGGAUUUGUCCAGCUCAAACAGUCCAUCUAUGAGCCAAGAAAUGAUGACCGGCCGAGUCGCCGUUAAAUAUCAACUCUGGCCCAAUCCAUCGAGACCAUCUCAAGUGCAUUGGCUCGACCAAAUCAGUUCUGACAAGUCAAUGGCACUAUCCGCCGGACGGUCUUCAACCUCUCUGAGUGAUACCGUGGUUGCAAACGACAAUUUCGGCCGCUUGACCCGAAGCGGUUCCCUUGCUCGUCGAAGAAAAAUCAGUGUCCCAGAGUUGGGACCAACCACCAUGACCAUGGUGACAGUACGGGAGCUAGCCGUCGACUCUCCAACCAUCCCUGGACGUCCACCGUUGAGGACUACGGCGUCUGAAAGUCACAAACACGAACGUUCCGCCAGUGCUCCUGGAGGAAACUGGCGCCAUGGUCCCUUCGGAGAUGCCAUGGUCGACUGCGUAGGCCGCCCUUUCGUCCACAAGUCCGGAGCUCUUCACCAACCGACCUUGAAAACCCCCGUAUUUGACCUCGCCAAACCAUUGCAGCUCAAUGCCACACGGCCGCUUUCUCCUAUAUUGAGCCCUCCUUUGACGGCAAAGCCAGUCCUCAAGUUAGAGACCGGUUCCGACGCUGACCAGGGCCCGCCGGUACCACCGAAGCCGUCACCGACGGAAGGAAGAGGCUCGCCCGUGUCCAAGACGCUCUCCAAAUCGAAUCCAUGCUCAGCUACCAUGCCACCCGCGACACGCACCCGAUCUCCUCCAUUCACAGCCCCUUUGGGUUCAUCAAAGUCGAUGCAUGACUUUGGAAUGUCGCCUAUGAAAGUGAAGCACCAGGCCCCCGCUCUUCCCGCAGGCAAACUAGAAACGCCUGUAUGCGAACAAACUCGACCCGUCCGACGAUCAUCUCUCAAGAAGCCAUCAAAUAAAUUCUCGCCAGCCACACCUAAACAACACCAGCCAGUCACUGCCAACAGUGACAGCUGGAAGUUGCCAGAAGGAAUGAUCCCUCAGGACGCUCUCAAACGGCUCCCACAGCAUGAAACCGAGAGCCUUCGGAAACAGGCAAGAGGCCAAGCGGAGAAGUUUGAAGUCCUUGGAAGCCGAAAUGUAGCAUCAUUGUCCAGAGAGCUCCGCGCCCUCGACGAACGCUGCGAAUAUCUUCGCAGAACAUACAAAUCCCUCCGCGACGGCCGCCAAACGCUGCACGUGCGCAUGCUGCACUACCUGAAGAGCGACACGCUGAACUUCUCCCGCGAGAGACUACUCAAGCAAAGCGAGGCGCUCCUCGAGCUGGACCAGUCCAUCGACGACUGGAUCCUGAAACUCGAACAAGCGGAGAACCGACGAUUGCGGGUCCGGCAGAAGCUGCUGGAGCACGUCGCUGCGGCUGUCACGCUGAACCAGCAUGCGUCCUCCCCGACGAUGGACGGGACGAGCAUGCAUCAUCAUGGGGCGGCCACUCCGCCAGGAAGUCCGGUGAUGCUGCAGGGGAUGAGCCCCCAUUCGUCGCCGCAUACUACACAGGAGGUAUCGAGCCGCAGGGAUGUGGAGUCGAUUAAGAUCUACGCGGACGGACAGGUCCUGAGUCUCUUUAACGAUAUUGAUCAGGCCAUGACCAAGAUGUGCGAGGCAUGCUAAGAACAGAUUGGUCGGGGAUAUGGCUUCACCUCUUCCUUCCGAACCGUGACGCGGUGAUUGUAUGAUUCAUGAAUAGCGAGUGGAAUAUCCUCGCAAUAAUGUUGAGAUGUCUUGGUUAUCUGCGGUCAUUC